CAAGACUAUAUAAGACUGAAAGGUGAGAAGUCACACACUACAGAGAGACAGACACGCUUGCCAGCAUAGAUGGCAGCCUGCAAACCACUUGGAUCUGGUGAAGAAUGCAGCUUUGUGGAUAAAGAUGAAAUCUGGAAAGUUCAUGUCAAAAUAGAGCUUCAGUCAGCCAAAGCCUGGCCCAAUAAAUGGGGAUUCUUGACCAAGUCCUACAAGGAGAUGCAGGAGGAGAGCAACAAGCUGAAGGACGUUGUCAAAUUGGAGCUUCCUCAACAUCUUAAAACACGACCCCCUACCCCACCUGAGAAAUAUAUCCAAGUGGGAUCCUCUCCCCCAGUUCCCCAGACCACCCAGGCUCAGAUUGGCUGGCGCUCGGCAGUGCCCGAGUUGCAGUUGGAGCGCUACGGAAAGGUCCAGUGUGGGAAGAAGAGCUUCCUGAAGGAGCUGGGCUGGGCCUUCGAUGCCUGCAGCUGAAAAAAAAAACUCUUCUGCCAUGACGCCUACCUCCUAGGCCUUGGCGAUGCCGUGCACAGACUCAAUAUUGAUGACUACUCAAUAUAUGACUUUCCCUUAUCCCCUGCUCUUUUUUGUCUUUGUCCUCCUCACUUCCUCCUUUAGGUACUCACAUACUCUUAAAUCCUAUGAAAUUAGCACUAUCAGCAUUUUUUAAAUAUUGAUAAAUUCUCACUAAUCAAUACAAAAUACUAUUAAUCAAUACAAUACUAUUAAUCUGCUCUUAUUUACUUCUGUCUCUCACAUUUAAUUUCAACACAAAUAUUGCAUACUAUAUCCAACAAAAUUACCACAAUGGGUGCUUGGAUAUUUUGAUCCAAUGACAAUCAUUUUAUUAUUUAUAGGAUAUUAUGUUCUCUCCUUUCAUUAUCCUGUAGUCAAUGGUGCUGUAUUCCCACAAAUGUAAUGUAAUUGUUAAGGUCCAACAUUUUCAUUUUGAGGAGGGAAUUUUAAACAAUGUUUGUUCCCAUUUGAUAUACUUGGUAUGAUUUUUUCAAUGGCAGUAUGAUUGACCAUGUAUCAAUAUCUUAUCUUGCAAUUUAGCCUAUAUUCUGUUCAGGUUCCUUAAGAUUUUUACAACAAAUUAAAGUAGACUUUAGGGGCCCUCGAGUGGCCGGGAGACCCAUGAGGCGGCGCACAAUUGGCCCAGCAUUGUCAGGGUUAGGGGAGGGUUCGGGAUUUCCUUGUCCCGUCGCGCUCUAGCGACUGUGUUGCGGGCUGGGUGCCUGCAAGCUGACUUUGAUUGCCAGCUGGACGGUGUUUCCUCUCAACACAUUGGUGCGACUUUCUUCCAGGUUAAGAGAGCAGUGUGUCCAGAAGCAGUGUGGCUUGGCAGGGUCGUGUUUCGGAGGACGCACGGCUCUUGUUCUGACAGAUCUUCCCAAGUCUUUAGGGGAGUUAUAGUGAUGGGACAAGACUGUAACUACCAAUUGGAUGUAUUCACAAUCUAUUUGUUUAUAUUAAAAAGUAUUUAAAUAGAAAAGCUGGGUAACACUAUUUUACCGUAUAGAAAUGACCAAACAUUUACUAAGAUGUGGAUUCAUUAUAUCAAGCAUCACUAGAAACCAUUUACCAGCUAUGUUGAAUUAUUAGCCAAGUACCAGAAAUGAUUUCCUACUACACUGAACAAAAAUAUAAACGCAACACGUAAAAUAUUGGUCCUAUGUUUCAUGAGCUGAAAUAAAAGUUCCCAGAAAUUUUUCAGGUAAGCAUAUUAAUAAUAAGCAUAUUUAUCUCAAAUGUCGUGCACAAAUUUGUUUACAUCCAUGUUAGUGAGCAUUUGUUCUUUGCUAAGAUAAUCCAUCCACCUGUCAGGUGUGGUAUAUCAAGAAGCUGAUUAAACAGCGUGAUCAUUACACAGGUGCUAGGGAUAAAAGAAGGCCACUAAAAUGUGCAGUUUUGUCACACAACACAAUGCCACAGAUGUCUCAAGUUUUGAGUGAGCAUGCAAUUGGCAAGCUGUCUGCCGCAAUGGUCACCAUAGCUGUUGCCAGAAAAUUAAAUGUUAAUUUCUCUAUCAUAAGCCACCUCAAACGUUGUUUUAGAGAAUUUGGCAGUACGUCCAACUGGCCUCACAACCACAGACCACGUAUUUGGCAUCGUGUGGACGAGCGGUUUUCUGAUGUCAACGUUGUGAACAGAGUGCCCCAUGAUGGC